UCGGGCCAGGUGGCACCCAACCCAGAGAUGUCGACCCUUCACACGCUCCAGUAUGGCGCGUGACCCAUUUCCAUUGCGCGAACUACGAAGUCGCCGCCUCCUCCACCUUCCCUCCACCCUAUUCUCUACGCUGUAGAGGUAUAUCCGUAUAAACGGCCUCCGAUCUCGAAUAUCCUUUUCCCUUUCUCUCUUUCUCUCAACUGUUUCUUUUAAUAAUGGCCUCCUUCCCCUCACCAACCUCUGAUCCUCUCCAUUCCACGCGCUCUCUCUCUCCCUCAUCGCUGUAGCCAUGCCGUCGCAUUCUCAUUCUCUGAAGCUCAGCCAUCUCUCUCGUCUAGGGCUUUCCCGAUUGCCAAAACCGGUUUCGCUUUUCGCGCCCGCUCGCUUCCGAUCCGUUCCGCCUUUUUCGCUUUAUCUUAAGUUAAGUGCGCCGAUUGUUCGAAGACAUGAGUGCCGAUUACGACGCAGGCGUGUUCGAUUGAAGGCCUUCGAUGAGGAUUCGGUUGGUAUUCCGUUUCUUGAUGACUGGAGCGACGGUGAUGGGGCGGCUGGGUACGUGCUUUCAUCCAGUGAGGAUGAAGAGAGCGAUUCAGAAAUUGUGAUUUAUCCUAUUACUGAUGAUUCGCCUAGAGUUAGGAUAUCAACUGAUGAGGCUUUUGCAAUGACUACUCAACGGUUUGCCAUGCUUGGAAGAAAACGCAGGAAACACAGGAAUAAAUUUGGGGUUUUAAUCAGUGUUGGACUCAUAGUCUUCUUGACCGUGCUUCUUUUAUUUGUGGAUUGGUGUGCAUGGCGUAUUGUCAGGCUGCCUUUCGGACAAUUUUACUUGACCCGUCCAUUUCUUAUAUCGGCCAUUUUAGUCUCUUGUGCCGGCUAUGUUUGUGUCCCGUUACUGUAUAGGUUCAGGAUCCGUCAAAUUAUUAGGAAAGAAGGGCCUGCUGGGCACUCCUUAAAAAAGAGAACUCCCACGAUGGGUGGAUUAUUUUUUGUUCCUAUUGGUGUAACUGUUGCAAGAUUCAUUGCUGGUUUUUCUUCCACUGAAGUGUCUGGAGCAGCGGCAGCAACUCUAGGUUUUGCUGCAAUUGGGCUUGUAGACGAUAUCUUAACCAUCAUCAAGAAUCAUAAUAGCGGCUUAUCAGCAUGGGUAAAACUUUUGUUGGAGGUAGCUGUUGGGACCUGGUUUUCAUUUUGGUUGGUAACCACAAAUAUAUCGUCACCCUACAGCAUGAAAAUGUUGCUUCCUCUACCUGCACCAGUAGGACUUGUUUGCCUGGGAAAAUUUUAUCUCUUGUUGACUUCAUUUUGUUUUGUUUCCAUGGGGAAUGGAGUUAACCUAACAGAUGGUCUUGACGGGCUGGCUGGUGGGACUGCUGCAUUGGCUUUUAUAGCAAUGUCAAUCGCGGUGCUUCCAAUAUGUUCUGACCUUGCUAUAUUUGGGGCAUCAAUGGCAGGAGCCUGUGUUGGUUUUCUUUUGCACAACCGAUACAGAGCAUCUGUAUUUAUGGGUGAUACAGGGUCCUUGGCAUUGGGGGGGGCAUUGGCUGCUAUGGCUGCUUGUACUGGAAUGUUCUUUCCUUUAUUUAUUUCAUCUGGAAUUUUUGUCAUGGAAGCAUCAUCAGUUAUUAUACAGGUAUUGUACUUCAAGACGACCAAAAAUUUGUGGGGAGCUGGGCGGCGUGUAUUCCGAAUGGCACCCCUUCAUCAUCACCUUGAAUUAUGUGGGAUCAAAGAACCUGUAAUUGUUGCGGGCGCAUAUGUUAUAUCAUCCAUAUUGGCUUUAUAUGCUGGCUAUGUGGGUCUUAUUUCAGCAUAACAUCCCCCAAAAAAAAGAAAGAAAAAAAAAAGCCAUCGCAUUCACUGUAGUUAGUGUCACCAAAAUCACAGUUCUUUAUUUAUUCUUUAUGGCCUAUGUAUUACUUGGAUAUGGAAGUUUUGUUUUCAACUUUCUGUGUGCCAUUCUUUCGAGUAUGUGAAUAGAGAUUGUAAGUUGAACCCGGGAGCCCAAUGCAAGAUCCUUUUUGUGUU